AUGGCUGAACAAUACGCAUAUCUCACUGGUGGCGCCAGCGGCAUUGGCAAAGCCGUGGCAGAAAUGCUCGUCAAGAACAACAUCAAAGUCUUCAUCGCCGACCGAGACAGCGACGGAGCCCAAAACCUUGCCGAUGAACUCAACAAGAACAAUAACGGCGCGGUCGCCAGUUCCGCGCAUGUCGAUGUCGCAAAUUGGAACUCCCAAGCCAAAGCAUUCAGCCAGGCUGUCGCUGACUUCGGUCGCAUUGACUACGUCUAUCCUAUAGCCGGCGUCGGAGAACGUCCCUGGCUCGUUAACGACCCUUCACAAUCCGGUUUCUCCAUGCCCGAUCUGUCUGUCCUUGACAUCGACUUGACCGGGGUCCUAUACACCGUUUCGCUAGCGAUCCAGCAAUUUAGAAAGCAGAAACAAGGCGAGCAUGGAUUCAGGGGAAAGAUCGUCACUGUGGCGAGCAUCUGUGGCAUUUACGCUGUCCCGACGGUGCCGGUAUACACGGCUGCAAAACAUGGCAUCGUAGGCUUCACACGGUCGUACGGGGCUCACCUUCCGACCGAGAAAAUCACGUUAAACGCAGUUUGCCCCAACAUCGUCCGCACCGGCAUCUCCACUGAGGCAUUCUACGAUCUUGCAGAGAAGCAGAAUCUCCUGGCGCCAAUCGAAGGUGUGGUUGAGACGUUUGAGAAGCUACUUGGUCCAAACCCUACGUCGGGAGAGUGCUUUGAAAUCGGACCAAAUUACAAGAAAACGGGAGCAGCUCCCAGAAAACAACCAGAAUAUCUGGACCCGGAGACCGAGACGUCUUGCGAUUUGAUCUAUCAGAGGUCACUUAAGCUUCAUCAACCUCGCUAGACGGUUAAAAGGAG